GUCCCCUGCAGCCCCUUGGCAUCCUGCGUGCCCCGUGUCGUGCCUUCAGCAACAACAAGAUCCUGGUGGAGCUGGAUGAGAGCACAGGCGUCGCCACGAUGAAGUUCAAGAGCCCCCCAGUCAACAGCUACAGCCUGGACUUCCUCACUGAGUUUUGCAUUAGCAUGGAGAAGCUGGAGAACAACCGGGCCUGCCGGGGCGUGAUCUUCACAUCCGCCGUCCCCAAAAUCUUCUCAGCUGGCCUGGACAUCACUGAGAUGUGCGGGAAGAGCAUGGAGCACUACGCUGAGUUCUGGAGAGCUGUGCAGGAGAUGUGGCUCCGUGUGUAUGGCUCCAACAUGGUGACAGUUGCCGCAGUCAACGGGUCCAGCCCGGCAGGAGGCUGUCUCGUUGCCUUGUCGUGUGACUACAGGAUCAUGGUGGAGAACCCCAAAUUCAUCAUCGGCCUGAACGAAGCCCAGCUGGGCAUUGUGGCUCCCUUCUGGUUUAAGGACACAUUUGUGAAUGUUGUUGGACACCGAAUUGCUGAACGCUCCCUCCAGCUGGGUUCCCUCCACCCUGCACCCGAUGCCCUCAAGCUUGGCCUUGUGGAUGAGCUGGUGCCAGAGGAGAAGCUCCAGGAGAGGGCUGUGGCUGUUAUGGCACAGUGGUUGGCCCUUCCUGACCAUGCCCGUCAGCUCACCAAGUCCAUGAUGAGGAAGGCGGUGUUGGACCGCCUGAUAGCUCACCGGGAGGAAGACACUCAGAACUUCGUCAGUUUCGUCUCAAAAGAGUCCAUCCAGAAGUCACUUCGCAUGUACAUGGAGAUGCUAAAGAAGAAGAGCUGAGAAGCUGACAG